AUGUUUCGCGUCGAACUCCUCCAGGAUAAAUCCGCCGCCACACCAGGCUGGUCCUACGCGCCAACGCGGGGCUUCGACCCCACGCAAGCCAUGGCACCAACCCUAGGCCGCAAACGCAACAUCCGCGACGCCGGCAAAGGCGGCGACAUUUCCUCGCGACAAGCCAACGCAAUCGCCCGACACAUCUCAGAGCUCGACCGUGAAAAUCAGCGUGACGUCUCAAUCCCCGUCCCCGUCAAACAAGCCAAAGAAGCCGGCGCACGCGGCACACGCGCAAAGACCACAUCCGCCGUUCGCCGUAUCCUGCAAUCCCAAAAGACGUUCCGGAAUCAUCUCGACGACGAAGAAGCCGCCAUUGCACUGGGGACUGGAACUGUGGCUGCGAAUAUCCCGAAUCCAGCCAAGGCACACAGAGUCGCUGCUGCGCGUCGGAGUUCAACGCCUGCUAGUACGGCUGGACGGAAGAGGUCUGCUGCUGUCGCGACUGGAGUUUCGACGCCUGCUGAGACGGAUGCCGAGACGGAUGUUGAGGAGGAAGAGCGGAAGCCGAAGCUCAUCAAAUCGGAAUAUGAUAAUGAUCCGCUUUUGAAGUCUUAUGCGCCUCUCAUGCCGUCGGAUCGGCUUAUGCAGAGGCUUUUGGCGGAGCCGCCGCUUUCUUAUAAUGCUUCGAGGGUGAAGCCACCUUCGUCUGCGCGGCCGGGUCGUCAUUUCUGUUGCAUGUGUGGCUAUUGGGGGAAGAUUCGGUGCAAGAGUUGUCAUUUGAGGACCUGUAGCUUGGAUUGCUAUAAGGUUCAUGAGGAUUCGAGGUGUGGUGCUUUCUUUUAG